GCAGAAUAUGGCGAUGACAGUUCCGACGUGUUGCGCGGCAUGUGCUUCAGAAACAUAAAGAAAUUGUUUCGCACGUCUAUUCAUGUGCAAACUGCAAACUGCAAACUCAAUCUUGUCUCAGCAGUCACAGAGUUGCAUUAGUUUGCAAUAAAAUCGGGUAACGUUGCAAUAAUAAUACGGCGUACUUUGUACGAAAGUUAGUCUCGCGAAAAACUCAUUUCACAAUUGAUUAAACAAACAAGGACAUGGAUCGCUCGUACGGGAGGUAAAUAUGGCACAUCAAGUUCUUCGAAGAUUUCCCAGAAUGAUGGUCAAUCGUUCCUGCGACAUGGUGCAAAAGUUCGAGUAUCUCCUGGUGCUAGACUUCGAGGCCACAUGUGAAAGGUAUCAGGUGAUCAAACCACAGGAGAUCAUCGAGCUACCGUGCGCGGUGCUGUCCACCCACGAUUGGAAGCUGAAAGACAUGUUUCACUCGUAUGUGAAACCUAGAGUCCAUCCGACCCUCACACCAUUUUGCACGGAAUUGACUGGAAUCAUGCAGGAGACAGUGGACGGUCAGCCUUACUUCGUGGACGUAUUCCCGAUAUUUUGCGAGUGGCUGACUAAAAGAGGAUAUUUUGACAGACCUGAAAAAAGCUCGUUCGUCACGUGCGGCAACUGGGAUUUGAAAACCAUGUUGCCGAAUCAGUGCGAUUUAGAUGGCAUUGCUCCACCGGAUCAGUUUAAACAGUGGAUAGAUCUAAAGCAUAUGUUUUGCGAAUCCACUGGGUAUUAUCCGAAAAGCUUGAAAGACAUGCUUGCACGAUUAAACAUGCCACUAAAGGGACGUUUACAUUCAGGUAUCGACGAUGUGAAAAAUAUGAUUUCAAUAAUGCUAGCUUUGAAAGAGAAAUACAACACACAAUUUAAAAUUACUUCGUCGUUAACAACUUCUGCGAUAAAUUUUAGACAUUACGAACAGACUGAGGUGGCGAGGAAUGUAUCGAAGAAAAACACAUGAUUGUUAGAAAUGAGUCUGCAUUAAUAAAAUAUGAUUUUUGUAAAAUUCUUCAGUUACAAUAAUUACAUAAAUAAAUAUUCUGAUUGUCAUAAAAAA